ACCAGCUAUCUGCUCAGCUUGCCAGGUCACUCACCCUCCUCUCUAGUCUCUAUAUAUAACUCCUCUGCGCAUCGUCCUCAAACCAUCUACCUCAUUGACUCAUUCCCAUAUCCAUCAACAACCUACAAAAAAACCAUCUUUUCAGUUUUUAUCAGCAAAUAUGAUGAAAUCUUCUUCUGCAAGAGUUUCAACAUCCCUGUUUCUGCAGCUCUCAGUUCUACUGGCUUCCGUCAUCCUCUCUGCCUCUGCGGGCAACUUCUUCCAGGAUGUUCAGGCCACAUACGGCGGGGAACGUGUAAAGAUGCAGGAGGGCGGCAGUCUUCUUGACCUGACUUUGGAUCAGGUCUCUGGCUCCGGAUUUCAGUCCAAGAACGAGUUUUUGUUUGGGAGAUUCGACGUCCGGCUCAAGCUUGUACCCGGAAACUCUGCCGGGACUGUCACAACCUUUUAUUUAUCAUCGCUAGGAAACAUGCAUGAUGAGAUUGAUUUCGAGUUCUUGGGGAAUUCUUCCGGUCAACCAUACACAAUCCACACCAAUGUUUACUCCCAAGGAAAGGGCGGCAAAGAGCAACAAUUCCAGCCCUGGUUUGACCCGGCUGCUUCCUUCCACACCUACUCCAUUGUUUGGAAUCCCCAACGCAUCAUAUUCUCUAUAGAUAACAUUCCGAUAAGAGUGUUCAACAACAACGAAGCUAUGGGUGUGCCAUUCCCGAAGAAUCAGCCGAUGAAGGUUUACGCCAGCCUGUGGAAUGCAGACGACUGGGCAACGCAGGGCGGGCGGGUCAAGACAGAUUGGUCUAAGGCUCCCUUUUCAGCUUCAUACAGGGGCUUUAACGCCAAUGCUUGUGUCUGGUCUGGUCAGUUGUCGAGCUGUGGUUCGACACAGUCAAUAUCAACGGGCGGGCAGGAAUGGCAGAGCCAAGAUCUUGAUGCCAAGGGCAGAAACAGGCUGCGAUGGGUGCAACAGAAGUUCAUGAUUUACAAUUACUGUACUGAUUUGAAGAGGUUCCCACAGGGUCUUCCUCCUGAGUGCAAGCGCCAGAGGUCCUGAUUUGCAUUUCUAGUUGAGUUUUGUUGAUGAUCAGCUGGCUCUAUAUGAUGUUUCUACGUGUUUGUUUAGGCCUUUGGAAAGUAUUGAGUUUGUAGAAUACUUGAAUUCUUUAUUCUUUUUGUAUGUAUUUGUGAAAAUAUUAAUGAAAGUGCAGUUACAUUACAUACAUUGCCCUGUUUUCCAAUUGGACUUGACCUUUAUUUAAUAUGGAGCAUUUCAAAUAGAGAACAAAGCUUUUGAUAUAUGUUGUUCACUGUCUUUACCUCACAU